GUAUAAAUGCAGUUCUUAGAGGAAGCAGUAGACUAGAAGGACCUGGCAGAGACAGAGAGACAAUAAGCUUUCACAGGGUUUCACACAUCUCAAGAUAGCACUGAAACACUGACCUGACAGAAUGUUCUUAAUCCUGGUUGUCACAAUGUUCUUGGCUGGCUGCUUGGCUUUGCCCAUCAAAGAUCCCUACUCGUAUUCCUCUGCGGUGGGUCAGGGAGGUGGCACCCCAUUUGCUUCCUACGGUGAGGGGCGCAUUACGGGAGUCAGAGUGUGGGAGAACAACAACUACUACUACUACUACUACAACAACAACGCCUACAUCAGUGGGUUCCAGCUGAGAUACGGCAACACCUGGUCUCCUGUGUUCGGUAACGAAGUGGGUGAAAAGCAGGAGAUGGAUCUGUUUAAUGAUGAGGCCAUCGUUGAGGUGUCUGGGAAGUACAACCCAGCAGACUAUAUCUGCUACCUGGUGUUAACCACCAACAUGGGGCGCACUCUGUCAGCCGGCAUGCCCAACCAAGUCUCCUUCAACUUCUACCCAUCCAACAUGGGCAAUGAGCUGAGGAUCCUCAGCGGUCGCUUCAACGGUGCUGGAAUCACCUCCAUCGGAGCCCACUGGGGAUUGGUGGACAUGGAAGGGGCUGGAAACAGUACUCUGGAAACAGCACUGGAAACAGUAACUCCUAUUUAUUAGGGGAAAAAAGUAUGUCUUGCUCUUUGGGAUGGUAUCCCAGAUACAGAUUAAGCCUAGUCCUGGACUAGUUACUUUCAAUGGAGAUUCUCCAUUCAACAUGCUUUUUAGUCCAGGAGUAAACUUAAUCUGGGUCCAGGAAACUGGCCUUAUAUGGUGGACGGAUGUUUGACAUAGACGAAGACAGAACUGUUGUUUUAUAUCACUAUCUGAUGGGGGCUUCAUGUGUCACGCCCUGACCUUAGAUCAGGGUGUGAUUUGGGUGGUCAUUCUAUGUUCUUUAUUUCUAUGUUUUG